CCCUCUUCCGUCUCCACAUGACCCCAAGCCUCAGAUCUCUGCCACUGCAGACUAACUACGUUACUCGGUGUUCAUUAUAAUUGUGCAAACACCCUAAUCCACUGUUGUUCAAAGCAUCGAGUCAUACUUCUACAUCGAUAGUACGGAGUACUUCAAGCCCAGAUUCGGAACUGUCGUGAUCACAGUUGCACGUCAGAGUUCAGUUUAAGCCAGGACUUCACAUUGUCGCAACCAUGGCACAGGGGUCCGAACUAAAGCCUAACAGCACAGCGCCGUCAAGCUUCCAAUCUGCCAACCAAGAACUUGACUACGAUGUCUUGAUAGUUGGUGGCGGCCUCAGCGGCAUUUUCUCACUGUAUCGUGUGCGGGAACUCGGGUUGAGAGUAAAAGUUCUUGAAGCUGGUUCUGCUGAAGGAGGCACUUGGUUUUGGAACCGAUAUCCAGGAGCUCGAUUUGAUUCAGAGAGCUAUUCCUACAUCUUUUCCUUCUCUCAAGAAGUGCUGGAUGAAUGGGACUGGACUGAGCAUUUCUCGCCUCAGACGGAGACUUUACGCUACAUCCAGUAUCUCACCAAGAAGUUCGACCUGAAAAAAGACAUGCAAUUCAAUACGCGUAUCCAGUCAGCUCGCUUCCAGGAAGAUUCCAGGUCUUGGCUUUUGACCGAUGGAAAUGGGAUCACUUACACCUGCCGUUACCUGGUGACAGCUAUGGGUAUUCUCAACGAACCCACUCUGCCAAACAUUCCCGGAGUUCACGACUACAAGGGAGAGGCAUGGCAUACAGCCCGAUGGCCUGGAGACGGCGCCAGUCUUGAAGGCAAGCGCGUGGCAAUCAUCGGCACAGGCGCAACUGCUAUCCAGACAAUCCAGGAAAUUGUCAAGACAGUUGGCUCUCUGACUGUAUUUCAACGAACUCCCAAUUGGACUGCACCACUACGGAACACGAAGAUCAGUUCAGAGGAGAUGGCCGAUAUUCGAAGGCGGUAUCCUGAGAUCUUCCGGCAGUGCUUGGACUCUUACUCGUGUUUCAUACAUGUUGGUGACACGAGAAGUGUCUUUGACAUGGAAGAGAAAGAGCGCCUGGAGCAUUGGGAGGAACUUUAUGCACAGCCCGGAUUCGCCAAGGUGCUCGGUAUCUCGGGCGACAUUUAUACCAACCGGGAAGCGAAUAAACUUUACAGCGAUUUCCACGCAAACAAAAUCCGCCAACGCGUCAACGAUCCCAAAGUUGCCGAGAAGCUCAUUCCCAAGAAUCACGGUUUCGGUACUCGCCGGGUCCCGCUUGAAAAUGGAUACUACGAGGCAUUCAACAGAUCGAAUGUCCACUUGGUUGACAUUACGGAAACUCCAAUUGAUCACAUCACUCAAAAGGGGAUAAAGACGAGCGAGGAAGACUUUGAAUUCGAUGCCAUCAUCUACGCGACAGGAUUCGACGCCAUCACUGGUUCGUUCCGAGCUGUCGACUUUCAGGGUAUCGGGGGUACACAGCUUACAGAUGUUUGGAGCGAGGGCAUUCAGACCUUCCUUGGCUUGACUGUCAAGGGGUUCCCCAACAUGUUCAUGGUCAUGGGACCGCACCAGAUGUUUGGAAACAUCCCCCGAAGCAUCGAAUACGCUGUAGAGUGGGUGGCAGACUUCAUCCGGUAUGCUCGAGACAAUAACAUCACAUCUGUCGAGGCUACAGAUGAAGGCAUGCGCAUGUGGACGGAUCAUGUAUGGAAAUGCGGAGAAGGUCUUCUGGCCAACGAGGUGGACUCUUGGAUGACGGGUGUAAACAAAAACCUGGCUCACAAGCAGAAAAGAUCCAUGACGCGGUACAAUGGACCUGCACCUGGGUAUAGAAAGCGGUGCGAUGAGGUGAAAGCCAGGAAUUAUUCCGACUUUGUGCUUGGAUGAUUUUGUCAGGUCAUUAGAUAGGGUUCACUGUAGUAAUAUUAACUUGAGUCUUUAUCAAGAACAUGAGACAAUUGAAGGCAUGGUAUAAAGGUAGAUACUUUACCUAAGUACUUACCCCAAGCAAUAUUGCCCUCACAUGAUUAGACUUUGCCCAUCUGCAUAUCGUUCCUCUCGCUCGUCUAAAGUCCUCUCGAUGGCAUAGUUCCAAUGGUGCAUUCCCUCAUGAUACCAUUAUCCGUCUUUGUGAGUUGACAUGUACGUUUCCCUUCCAACU